AUGGCCCGCGACAUUGUUGACGCCGGCGGCGGCCUGGCCACGUUGCUCAGAGCGGGCGACUGGGCCAGUUCGGCGUUUGAGGCAGAUGGCAUGAAGGAGGGUUUCGCUACCACCUGGUCGCCGGUGGGAAAGGAGUUGCCGCCUGGGCACACGGAUUACUCGUGGGAGAAGGCAGUGGCUGCCAGCAAACCUGCGCCCGCGCCCGCGAAGAAGCCAAAGAAGGUGGGCGGCGGUGCCGAGGCCUCGGCGAAGAAGGCCCCGGAGCCGCCGCCCGUGGGCGGCGGCACCCGCGACGAGGAUGACGACGCGGCCGCCAAGAUCGCGCUCAUCGUGGGGAGGGUGACGAAGGUCUGGGAACACCCCGACUCGGACAAGCUCUUCUGCGAGGAAAUCGAUUGCGGCGAGUCGGAGAUACGCCAGAUUGGGUCUGGAUUGCGGGCCUUCUACAAGAAGGAGGACCAAGGGAACCAUGGGGGAGGUGCUGGUCGUGGCCAACCUGAAGCCCAAGAAGCUGGCAGGGUUUCCAAGCAACGGGAUGGUGCUGUGCGCCUCGAGCGCGGACCACUCCGACGUGAAGUUCGUCGAAGUCCCCGAGGGCGCGAAACCAGGUGACAGGGUAGUGUUUGGCGACAUGCCGAUGGACCCACCGGCCGAGACCUUGUGACAAGAAGAAACUGUUCUCGAAGUGCCAGCCGCACUUCAACAGCAAGGGAGGGGUGGCCAUGUACAAGGACAAGCCCUUCGUGCUUCCGUCGGGCAAGUGCACCGCUCCUGUGGCCGAUGGCUACUCGCUGUCCUGACCUGGCCGGCUGCCUCAGGGCUGAGGGCGUGUAGUGGGUAGGAGCCACAGAGAGAGUUGCUCUCGCGGCGUGUGGUGGGUCGUUGAUUGCGCAGCCAUGGAGGAACCUAAGCUAGGCGGCGCGGCGAGAGGGAAGGUUUGGAUGUCGGCAUCUAUCUGGGAGGUGGCAUCCUUCCGCGUUCAUGGCAGUCGCCAAUGCAGUCGCCAAUGCGCCGACGUCGGUGCGCCGAGGAAGGGGCUCCCAGUGUGCAGCGGUGUCCGUUCGUCGGGAGAUGCGUUCGGAAA